GCUUCCAGUGGAGAAGCUUCCUGGCUUAGCAUUGCUUUUGUGAGCCCUUUCCGAUCAAAGACGCUCUUGCAGAUGUACCAGGACUUCUGCUUGGACGACUUGAUCAUCCCGGCCUGCUUCCACUCGAAGAUCGCUUGCUUCUCUCGUGUGGCGCGACUACAGUUGAUCUCCAAAGCACUGGAGCUUGUGGAUGAAGAGGUGGAUUUCAUGGCGCAAGAGCUCUUCGUGCUUUACCAGGACCUCCUUCAGCUUCACCGACCCGAUGCCCUGGAGGUCUCUCAUGAACUCGUGAAGGACAAGAUGGCACACUUCAAGGGCUUCAAGGCCGUACCUGCGAUCCACCAUGUUCAGGACGUUCCGAGUUUGUUCCACGAGUUGAUGGCAGCCGAGACGUUGGUGGCCUUCCUGCAGACUCUUCAGGCGGCACAAGAGGCGCUUCUUGACCAAGUGCCGUGGAUGUCAUGUAUAAGGCCACCAAGGGAACGUGGGUUGUGGAGGGACCAGUGCUGAUGACCCUGACUGGACGACGAGGUUCCAU